AUGUACUCAUCUAAUUCGUCAAGUUUGACGGAUGUUGAGUCGGGAGGUUGUCAAGCUCAGAAGCGUCUGACGUUGACGUUUCGCAAUAUCAAUGUUCGUGUCACGGCGCCAGAUGCGGCGCUUGGAGAUACGCUGCUGUCUGUGGCGGAUCCACGGCAGUUCAUAAAGGGAUUUUACAAAACUCAGCAGCCAAAAAGGACUAUAUUAAAAGACAUAAGCGGGCAAGUGAGGCCAGGAGAGAUGCUACUUGUAUUGGGAAGACCUGGCUCUGGAUGUACUUCCCUGCUGAGAGUCCUCUCCAACGACCGCGACUCUUUCGACGAAAUCGACGGAGAAACCAGAUAUGGUAGUAUGAACCAUCUCGAAGCCAAGCGUUACCGACAACAGAUCAUGUUCAAUAAUGAGGAUGAUGUUCACUUUCCAACACUGACUGUCAAUCGUACUUUGAAGUUUGCACUGCGAACCAAAGUUCCAAACGAACGCCCGGAAAAUGUGGAGAAGCAGGAAUAUCUUCAGGAAAAACGGGAUAGUAUUCUCAACGCACUUGGUAUACCACAUACGAAGAAAACAAAAGUGGGAAAUGAAUUUAUUCGUGGUGUCUCUGGGGGUGAGCGAAAGCGUGUAUCCUUGGCUGAGGUUAUGGCUGGACAGAGCCCAAUCCAAUUCUGGGACAAUCCUACUCGAGGAUUGGAUUCCAAAACUGCUGUCGAGUUUGCUGAGUUGUUGCGCCAAGAAGCCAAUGACUUUGGUAAGACGAUUGUGACAACAACAUACCAGGCUGGAAAUGCCAUAUACGAUCAAUUCGAUAAAGUCCUUGUACUAGCAGAAGGACGCGUAAUUUAUUACGGACCACGAUCAUCGGGUCGUUCUUACUUUGAGGACUUAGGAUUUGUGUGUCCUAAAGGAGCAAAUAUUGCGGAUUUCUUGACAUCAGUGACCGUGCAUACCGAACGAGUAGUCCGCGAGGGAAUGGAAGGGAAAGUGCCUAGUACGCCCGACGAGUUUGAAGCCGCUUACCACGCGAGUAAAAUAUAUUCGAGCAUGAUGGAAAGUAUUGAGCCGCCUGAAAAGCUGCAAAAUGAGAAGGAUAAUUUGAUCAUGGCUGUGAAUAACGAGAAAAAGAAGAGUCAUAUUCCUCGAGGUCACAGCCCUUACACCACCAAGUUGAUGGAUCAGAUAAUCUCUUGCAGUAUCCGUCAAUUUCAAAUCAUGAUGGGCGACAAGUUGUCUCUCACAAUCAAGGUCGCAUCCGCUAUUAUUCAGGCCUUGGUAUGCGGCAGUCUAUUCUAUAAUCUUCAACCUGAUAGCACUUCUAUCUUCUUACGACCAGGAGUUCUCUUCUUUCCGGUUCUCUACUUCUUACUAGAGUCCAUGGGUGAAACAACUGCUGCUUUUAUGGGCCGACCGAUCUUAUCACGACAAAAGCGAUUUGGAUUCUAUCGUCCAACUGCCUUUUGCAUCGCGAACGCCAUAACCGACAUACCCAUCGUUUUAAUCCAAGUCACAUGCUUCUCAUUGAUUUUAUACUUUAUGUCCAACCUACAGAGGGAUGCUGGAAAGUUUUUCACGUUCUGGAUCAUUGUUAUUGUCAACACUCUUUGCUCAAUGCAAUUGUUUCGGGCUAUUGGUGCUUUGAGCAGGAAAUUUGGAAACGCAUCCAAAAUCACUGGAUUGCUAUCAACAGUAUUCUUCGUCUAUGGAGGCUACUUGAUCCCUUUUGAGAAAAUGCAUGUUUGGUUCCGGUGGAUAUUCUACCUGAACCCAGGAGCAUAUGCCUUUGAGGCCCUCAUGGCCAACGAGUUCAGAGGCUUAGAGCUUGAAUGUGUCGCCCCUGAUUAUAUUCCUUACGGUAGUGGAUACUCAGAUACUAUAUCACAGAAUCGUGGCUGCUCUGUCGUUGGCAGCAGCAAUGGUAUAAUCGAUGGAGAAGCAUACAUCGGCCAGCAGUUCCACUACUCCUACCAUCAUAUCUGGCGCAGCUUUGGUGUCAUUGUUGGCAUGUGGUUCUUCUUUAUCUUCCUUACAUCUCUCGGUUUUGAAUUACGUAACAGUCAGUCCGGUUCAUCGGUGCUUCUGUACAAACGAGGCAGUGAAAAGAAGCGUCACUUGGACGAAGAAAAGGGUAGCAGCUCGACAGCCGCUGAGGUUGUCUUAAGUGGAUCUGUCAAGCAGUCUACCUUUACAUGGAAUCAUCUUGAUUAUCACGUUCCAUUCCAAGGAGGAAAGAAACAACUGCUGCAUCAAGUAUUUGGCUACGUUAAACCAGGAAACCUGGUAGCAUUGAUGGGAUCCUCGGGUGCAGGCAAGACAACUUUGCUAGAUGUACUAGCCCAACGCAAAGAUAGUGGAGAAAUCUACGGCUCUAUCUUGAUUGAUGGUCAACCUCAAGGAAUAAGCUUUCAACGUACCACUGGAUACUGUGAGCAGAUGGAUGUUCACGAGGGCACAGCUACUGUUCGAGAGGCUCUUGAGUUCUCGGCACUUUUGCGCCAGCCUUCGCAUGUUCCACGAAAGGAGAAAAUUGAGUAUGUGGAUCAGAUUAUUGAGCUAUUGGAAUUAUCAGAUAUCCAAGAUGCAUUGAUAGGAGUGCCUGGUGCCGGCCUCAGCAUCGAGCAGCGGAAAAGAGUUACAUUGGGAGUUGAACUUGUGGCCAAACCUACAUUAUUGUUCCUUGACGAACCGACAUCGGGUCUUGAUGGUCAAUCUGCAUACAACAUUAUUCGAUUCUUGAGAAAGCUAGUUGAUGGCGGACAAGCGGUUCUUUGCACUAUCCACCAGCCAUCGGCUGUGUUAUUUGACGCCUUUGACUCUCUUUUGUUACUUGCCAAAGGAGGCAGAAUGGCCUAUUUCGGAGAAACUGGCCAAGAUUCUUCCAAAGUGUUGGAAUACUUUUCGAAGAACGGUGCCCGAUGUCCUCCAGAUACAAAUCCGGCCGAGCAUAUCGUCGAAGUUAUCCAAGGUAAAAGCCAGCAGAAAGAUGUGGACUGGGUCGAUGUAUGGAACAAGUCAGAAGAGCGUCGAGUCGCCAUUGAACAGCUGGAAACUCUUAACAGAGAAAACAUUGCAAAACCACGGACAGAUGAAGAUGAGUCGGACUACGCAACUUCACACUGGUUCCAGUUUUGUAUGGUGAGCAAGCGUCUGAUGGUCCAGCUAUGGCGUUCACCGGAUUACAUGUGGAAUAAAAUUAUUCUCCACAUAUUUGCAGCUCUUUUUAGUGGGUUCACGUUUUGGAACAUGGGCAAUAGCAGCUUCGAUUUGCAGCUCCGUCUUUUUGCGAUUUUCAAUUUUAUUUUCGUUGCGCCAGGCUGUAUAAAUCAGAUGCAGCCGUUUUUCUUACACAAUCGUGAUAUUUUCGAGACUCGAGAGAAGAAGUCCAAAACAUACCACUGGAUCGCCUUUAUUGGAGCCCAAGUUGUUUCCGAGAUUCCUUACUUGAUACUCUGUGCCACCCUCUACUUUGUAUGCUGGUAUUAUACAGCGGGUUUUCCCAAUGUAUCCAGCAUUGCCGGCCAAGUCUAUUUGCAAAUGAUUUUUUACGAAUUUCUCUAUACGUCACUCGGCCAAGGUAUUGCAGCAUAUGCACCAAAUGAAUACUUCGCCGCAGUUUUGAACCCUGUUAUUAUCGGAGCUGGAAUGAUCAGUUUCUGUGGCGUCGUUGUGCCUUACUCUCAAAUGCAACCUUUCUGGCGAUACUGGCUCUACUACUUGGACCCAUUCACAUAUCUCGUGGGAGGUCUUCUUGGUGAAGUCCUCUGGGACGUGAAAGUCGAAUGCACGGCAUCCGAGUUGGUACACUUCGCCGCUCCUGCAAAUCAGACAUGUGGAGAUUAUAUGGCAGACUUUUUGUCAACUGCUGCCGGAUAUAUUGUGGAUGCAAAUUCGACAGACACAUGUUCAUUCUGUCAGUAUUCCACGGGAGCAGAUUAUGCAAAAACUUUCAAUCUUCAAGAAAAAUACUAUGCAUGGAGAGAUACCGGCAUUACUGCACUCUUCUGUAUCUCGUCGUACGCUGCGGUAUUUCUCAUGAUGAAGUUGCGAAGCAAAAAAACAAAGAGUGCAAGAUCUGAGUAA